CCGCGGAGGCGGGAGGUGGGGCGGACGCUUUGAUCGGGCCAAGAACGACUACGCUCAGCACUUUGUCGACACCGGCUUGAGGCCAGCAAACUUCAUUCGCGACUCGGAUGUCGAGGAGCGCUUUCAGGAGUACCCGAAGCUCAAGGAGCUGGUCGACCUCAAGGACGCGCUCAUCGCCGAGCGGGCGACGCCGCCGGCGUGCCGGCAGGUCGACCUGCGAACCUUCGACCUCACGGAGCUGGGCACGAAGUUUGACGUCGUGCUGAUCGACCCGCCGUGGGAGGAGUACCGGCGCCGCAAGGCGGCCGCGGGCGCGCUCAUGGAGGGCGACGAAGACGAGGUGUGGACUCCGCAGGAGGUGAUGAACCUGCGGAUCGAGGCCAUCACCGAGACGCCCUCGUUCUGCUUCCUCUGGAGCGGCUCGGGCGUCUCCUUGCAGUGGGGUCGCGCCUGCCUGCGCAAAUGGGGCUUCCGCCGGUGUGAAGACAUCUCGUGGGUCAAGUCGAACCGCGCGACCGGCCGCAACACGCACUUCCUGCCCGACUCGGUCGUCACGCCGACCACGGAGCACUGCCUCGUCGGCAUCAAGGGCACCGUCCGCCGCAACUACGACGGGCACAUCAUCCACGCUAAUGUCGACACGGACGUGAUGCUGAGCGAGGAGCCGCCGUACGGCUCCACCGAGAAGCCGACCGAGCUCUACGCCAUCAUCGAGCACUUCUCCAAUGGCCGGCGGCGGCUCGAGCUCUUCGGCGAGGACCACAACUUGCGGCGCGGCUGGCUGACGCUGGGCAAGGGGCUCUCCUCGUCGAGCCUCGAGGUGGAGGAGUGGGCGAGGCAGCAUUUUGAGGGGUCCCACGAGAGCCGCUGCUUCGAGGACGAGCCUGCGCAGUCGCUGCCGAACCACUUGCUCGGCACGACGCCGCAGAUCGAGGCGCUCCGGCCGAAGUCGCCGACGCAGCUGCGCGAGGAGGCGGAGCGGAGGCUGCUCAAGGCGAGGCAUCCCAGAGAGUGCGGCAGAGAGUGCGGCAGAGAGUGCGGCAGAGAGACGCGGUAA